AGAAGGAAUUCGUGCUUAACUUUGAACUUUUCCAAGUACAAAAACAAAUUUGAUUUUCUUGCAGCCAGUAAAUAAAAGUAAAUGUUUGAUAAGAUCAUGUCCUCUUCGUCGUUGAUUUCGUCCCCGUCGUUCACCAGCUUCCUCUCCCACGAGAACACGAAAAACCUGUUUAAGAAGAUCCGAGCUCUGGUUCUAUUGGCCAGUCAUGGUUUUGCCACGUUUUCCUUUGCUGGUGUUGGGAACCCAUCAAAUGACGACGUGCUUUUUACGCGUAGGACCAGAGGAAAACUAAGGGCAGGCUAAAGGUUUUCCUGUUUGCGUUCGUUUUGCCUUUCUGAAGGGGGGAGGCAUAAUGAACGGGAUAAACGAACACCAAGAAAGGCCUACCUCUAAGAUGAAAAGCAACUCCCACAGCAUUCCGGGGCAAUACUGGUCGUGGUUCGGCGGAAACUAUUCCCACAUAUGAAGAUGUUCAAGAUGGUUCAUGGGGGGGUCCGGUGACAACUACAUCAACGCCUUAUCUCAGGGGUAGAGAUACCCCGAUGCCGGUCGUUCAGCUGGAAGGAUUAGUACUUCCGGGACGGGCAACGGCACAAGUUUCCCACGAUCACGCUACCAGUAGGGGCAAUCAUAAAACGGAUACGGGUGGUCUACAGCUGCCACCUAAACAAGGGGUUAAUAGUACCACGAAUCGUACAGGUGGCGACGAAGGGACAACGGGGAGAACCUGCAGGACUUCUACCGCCUCGUCUAAACAAGAUGUUGCGGUGUCUAAACAAUAUGCGCGGGAUCUUGGCGCAUCUUUAUCUUCAUCUCUGUUAACGGCCACCGACGUUGUUGUACCUCCACAGAAGCUGCAGGAAGAGCAAUUGCAAUUUAUGAUGAGACGGGCUGCUAACCUGCCGAGACAAGGGCUUGAGAACGCCCUAGCGUUGCCAGCCUUUCCUGAUACUAGUUCUCGGAGUCGUAGUGUAGCUGGGGUUGGAGGUGCUGUAGGGCCGCGCCCGUUGUUUUCGAAAGCAGCAGAAAAAUUGGGGUUCCUUCAACAUGCAGCUUCGUCUGAAGUUAAGACUACUGACAUACAGGAACCGAUAUUCGUGGCCCUAUCUAGAGCAAGCAUCUUGGAAGGAUGCUUACAACCGAUAUCCAUGCUCAUCUCAAGAGGCGUCAAUCUUGGACGGGUUAUUUUGUAUGUAACAAGAUCAUGCUCUGCAGUGGACGAUGUGAUGGAGCAGGUUCGCUUACAGAAACUGAGUGCGGGGCUGUCGUGGACCCGGCCGGUAUGGAAGAGACAGCAAGAACGUUUUUUGAGUUGUUACGGUCCUUAUUAAACGGUAGUGAGAAAAAAAAAUCCAUUUCAUAGCUGUGGACACGGGUGGCGAUGUGGUGGCUCCGCUCUUUGAAGCAACUGCAGGUGAAGACUUGGUUCUCGCCCAGCUCCUGACCUUGGAUUGGUCCCGAAAAACGAGGAAUAGCAAUGUUGUAAUGGUUCGACAAUGGCAAAGUUAUUCUCCGCUGGGAGCGGGUAUAGGGAACCUGUCGCACCACUAAUUCGGAACGGAGAAUUCAAAGCGCGAUGAGUUACAGUUUGGAGCUAUUGCGAUCUGCGCGCAAGGAGAUAGAUUUUAGUCUGUCGGUCUGUGUCGUAGGCCCUGGAUCUGACGGCUAAGGCAGCAACGCUGGACCAGUGCGUGCUGCAGAAUCUUCGGUAAGUAUGGCAAACGAGUCCGCGACAGGACCGCUAAUAAUGGCUACCUGCGAUCUCAUGGAUUUGACGCGCGCUUGUGGAUUUGACACGUGCGUGUGGCUUUCACAAGCGCUUGUGGAUUUCCUGAGGUGGAAACCGCGUUUAGAUUGGUUUCUAAAUAGGAGACACCGACGUGGAAUAAGACGCCUUACAUUAUCCAGAGCGCAAUACUAGAACGCGGGAGGGAGUACGUGUCCGGCGUCCGUGGCGCCACAAGGAUGAGGCGUGCCGCAGAGGAUGCGGAGGAUUUUCUAUGUAGCGUCGCUGCUGACUUUCUGCGGAAAGCCUGGGUUGUCGAAGACACAAGCGCGAGCAGGCUUUUUAAAACAGCUCGGUUCUCUGAAGUUCUUUUUAAAAUUUUUUGGAUGUAGAAUCUGAAACUCGUCUUGUCCACAGGAUGUAUUGUAUUGUAGCAAGACAAAUCAAAAUUGUCUCAAUAGGGAAGUUAAAUCACGUGCGAUUAAAACAUUGAUCUGAUGGCUCUCUUUUCUUGCCGUGAGAAAUUCUAAAUUUUUGAUUGGUGGUUCUAAUAUCUCCAACAAAAGUCCUCUAUUUUAUGUAACACGCGGAGGCAGCUGAAUAAUGCUGAUACGAUCUCAC